ACCAACGGAACUCCGUUCCAACACGCUGCGCAACGGAUCGCCGUGGUAAUUUAAUCAAAUGAGGAAAAUCCGUAGAAGCCUAUAGAAGCUACAAUCCCGGAGUACAUUUCUAGGAAACCGUUGUCAAAAGCCGGAUCGUGAAAAGGAAUCGGAUUGCUAGGGCAACUGCCGUCAAACUGUGUGUCUUUAAGUGGGAUUCUCCUGCGCGGUGCUGUAGGAGGGGUUGUGGUGACGCUCGCUGGCGCUUUGGUGCUGAGCUCAACAGCGAUUUCACCUGCAGUUUAGAGCAAGCGGAGUCAGGACGGUCUCCCACUACCGACGAGCCUACUACCGCACACAAGCGACAGAAGGACCAUCCAAGCGCAGGCACCAGGGAAAUUAUACCAUUGUGAGGGGGAAAAAUCCGUCUGAGACACAGUACUUCAAGCAGCCUCCGCUCGCUUGCAAGGAUGAAAGCUGGCUUCGUUAUCUUACUAAUAGGAACCAUCCUACUGGGCACAUCCUGGGUGACUAAGGGAGAUCUACCGCUGAAUGCGCCGUGUCGACCCGGAUUUUCUCAAAGUUUUUAUACCCUGCUCGUUUCAAGGGAUGUAGUGCAAGGCCAGAGCAUUCUCAAAGAUACCACAGUGUCAUCAGGAGGAGUGAGUUUUGAGAAGUGCCUGAAGAACAUGAGUCUGGUCUUCACGACCAGUGAUCCCAACUUCGGCCUGAAAUAUGACGGCUCCAUCUUCGCCCGUCGAGAAGUCGGUGCUCGGAGCCUGAGAGAGCCCGUGGAGCUACAGGUGAUGGCACGCGAUGCCGCAUCCAAACAGAUCUGGGAGGCCACCAUCAGGCUGAGCCUGGACCCAGAGCAGUCACCAUCACUGUCAGCGGCACCAGGCGACAACCAGGUGGUGCCAUCUGAUAACAGCGCUAAUGGGAAGAAGUAUGGACCAGCACCUGUGCCUUUUGUCAUCCGCUUCCCCAGGAAAGUCCGGUCCAAUGGGUUCCGGCGCCGCAAGCGUGACUGGGUCAUCCCGCCCAUCAACGUUCCCGAGAACUCUCGCGGACCUUUCCCCCAGAUCCUCGUCAGCAUUCGCUCGGACAAGGACAAGUCCAAUCAGAUUCGCUACAGUAUCACAGGGGCAGGAGCUGACCAGCCACCCAAUGAGGUGUUCCAGAUCCAGCCAGUGACCGGGAAGAUGUCAGUGACCAGGCCCCUGGACAGAGAGGAACGCUCAUUUUACCAUUUGCGAGCCCACGCAGUGGAUAUGAACGGCAUCCAGGUGGAGACCCCCAUUGACCUCUACAUCAACGUCAUCGACAUGAACGACAACCGGCCUGAGUUCCAGAACCAGGUCUACAAUGGAUCUGUACCGGAGAAUGCCAGACCAGGGACAUAUGUCAUGACGGUGACGGCCACGGACGCGGAUGACAACACCACGUCCAACGGCAUGGUGCAGUACCUCAUCAAGACGGAGCUGCCCCACAACCCCGUCUCGCACCUCUUCACCAUCAACAGCGAGACGGGGGACAUCGUCACGGUGGCUGCCGGCCUGGACAGAGAGAAAGUGCCCCAGUACACCCUCAUCGUCCAGGCGACGGACAUGGAGGGCGCCCAGAGUUACGGCCUGUCCAACACGGCCACCGCCAUCAUCACCGUCAUCGACAUCAAUGACAACGCACCAGAGCUCACAGAUAGCACGUUCACGGGAGAGGUGAAGGAGAACGCCACGGGUGUCAUCGUCACCAACCUGACGGUGAUCGACCGGGACCAGCCGCACACCCCCAACUGGAACGCCGUCUACAAGAUCAUGAGCGGCGACCCCAACAACUACUUCACCAUCCACACCAACCCCGAGAACAACGACGGCAUGGUCACCGUGGUCAAGCCGGUGGACUACGAGCUGAACCGAGCCUUCAUGCUGAACGUGGAGGUCCACAACCAGGUGCCGCUGGCCAGCAACAUCCAGUCGUCCCCGCAGCACACGGCGGGCGUCACCAUCUCGGUGCAGGACGUCAACGAGCCGCCCGCCUUCGUCUCCAACCCCAAGUACGUGCGGCUGCAGGAGGGCCUGGCCGCCGGACACCCCGUCUGCUCCUUCGUGGCCAAGGACCCGGACAUAUUCAUGACGCAGUCCAUCAGGUAUGCCAAGCUGUCAGACCCGGCCAACUGGCUGGUCAUCAACUCCAGCAAUGGGCAGAUCUACACCACAGCGGUACUGGACCGGGAGUCCGUCUUUGUCAAGAAUAACGUCUACGAGGCCACAUUCCUCGCCGCAGAUAAUGGCUACCCUCCCCAGAGUGGCACGGGCACACUGCAGAUCUACCUGACGGACGUUAACGACAACCCACCCGCCGUGCUGCCACGCGAGGCCCAGAUAUGCGAGCGCGGUCGGCAUGGGAGCUUUGUCAACGUGACGGCCACCGAUGCCGACGAGAUGCCCAACGGCGGGCCCUUCAGCUUCGACCUGCACCCCAGCGCCCAGCGCAACUGGACCAUCGCACGCCUCAAUGCUGACCACGCCCGGAUCAGCUUACGGAUCCAGUACCUGGAGUCGGGCGUGUACGAGGUGCCGGUGACGGUGAUGGACUCGGGCAACCCCACGCUGACCAACCAGUCCACCAUCAUGGUGAAGGUGUGCCCGUGCGACGAGAACGGAGACUGCACCACUAUUGGGGCGGUGGCAGCCGCCGGGCUAGGCACUGGAGCCAUCAUCGCCAUCCUCAUAUGCAUCAUCAUACUGCUCAGCAUGGUGCUGCUGUUUGUGGUGUGGAUGAAGAGGAGAGAGAAGGAGAGGCAGACCAAGCAGCUCCUCAUCGACCCCGAGGACGACGUCAGAGACAACAUCCUGAAGUACGACGAGGAGGGAGGAGGAGAGGAGGACCAGGACUAUGACCUGAGCCAGUUGCAGCAGCCGGAGUCUCUGGAGCACAUCAUGAGCAAGCCGCCGGGGGUGCGGAGGGUGGACGAGAGGCCCGUCAUCCCCGAGUCGCAGUACCCCAUCCGGCCAGUGGGGCCACACCCGGGGGACAUUGGAGACUUCAUCAAUGAGGGCCUGAGGGCGGCGGAUAACGACCCCACAGCUCCGCCCUACGACUCGUUGCUGGUGUUCGACUACGAGGGCAGCGGCUCCACGGCCGGCUCGGUCAGCUCGCUUAACUCCUCCAGCACUGGCGACCAGGACUACGACUACCUCAACGACUGGGGCCCGCGCUUCAAGAAGCUCGCCGACAUGUACGGCGGCGGCAACGACGACUAAAAAAAGCAAAAACCCUAAUCAUUUAACAUUCCAACUUCCGUUAUUGUGCUCAACCUAGCUCUCACCAACAAAGAAAACCCCUGACACAACCAAUCCCCCCCCUCCUUCUCCGAAAUACACAAUGACUGGGGCCCUGUGCUUUCAAGAACCGACAUGUGCUGUUCGGCAGAGGGAACGACGACUACAUAGAAAAACGUAACCUUCCACUAUCCAUUACUGUCCUCAAACCUCUCACCAACUUCCCCUCUAGAACCAGUCCUACUUCGGAAACAAAACAGGAAGGGGUUUUCCAACUUACCACUAUUAGCCCCCAGUGCCAACUGGCCAAGCUCUCCAAUCACAGAGCAGGACUCUCUUAAUAGCCACAUCCUACCAACCAAUCAAUUGACAGUAUCAACAUGUACCAACACGUGGCACAACAUGGCGAGGACUUGACAGAGAAGGCAGCUGUAUGUACCAUCCUCUGCUGACCUUCUCCAAUGAACUUAAGACAAAUGUUGUGCCAUAUGGUUGUUUUAUUCUUUUUUGUAUUCUGAUUUUAACAAUGAUUUUUUUGUUGUUGUUGUUUUUUUUUUUUUCAAUGACGGCGUAUAUGCUCACAAGUAUACUACUCGUUUGGGUUAGCCCUCCGUUAAGUGCAAGCUUAUCUGAUGUUACAGGGAUGCCAGUUGCUCCAUCACCAUUGCUGUUGCUUAGUUUUAUUUCUUUAUUUUUUUAGUUUGCUUACCCUGGCAGGUCCCAUCACCCAACUAUUCCCUCAAAAAAUUUCCCGCAGUCCUCCACAGACUGCCAGGUUGAGCUGCAUUGUGCUACAGGAGACUAGAAGUAAAAAAAAAAGGAAGAAAAAAACCCCACAACUUUCUCACAAAGAGAAACAAUGUGUGGGGGGAAAAGGGAGAAGGAGUUGCUAUCUCACUUAACUUGAAUUCUUCUGAAGAGAGAAGCACUGUUGUUUAAGAAGUGCCUUCACUGGUGCAUUUAGUUUCUUUGUUUCCUUGCUUGUACUUUCUCUCUCGCUUUGUUGUUGUUGUUGUUGUUGUUGUUGUCAUUGUUGCUGUUGCUUUGGAAACUCCCUCAAUCUCAGGAUUGGUUGGCCGCACGGGCUGGAAUUGAACGGCUGCCUGGCACGUCUCUCUCCUGACAAGCCCAGUCUGAGCCUCCCUAUCCACCAUCCACCACCACCACCAUCCCACCUCUGGCCCAGUGCAAAAGCCCUGUCAAGCUGUCGGUGCCUGGCCUUGCAGCAGAGUGGAGAUUUGGCCUCGGGAUUGAAGGGUUACUGCUAGUCUAGACAGAACCGUACUGUACUGUACUGUAAGUGCUUCAUGUACAAGUUGCUUCAUUGUAUUAUGUGCUUUAAAAGAACAAACAGUGACGAUAGAUGAGAUGGAGGAUAAAACAUUUUUUUUUAAUUUUUGUUUUGUUUUUGUUUGUGUUUUUUUUCUCUGCCAACAUGUCCAAACACAGGGAUGUGAAGGUGCUCAGUGAGAGAGCAAAAGUUGGCACAGGAGAGACAACCAGACGUGCAUUCCUAAUCAAACUUUGUGUACUCCUUUAAAUCAAGCUGUGCGUGGAGAAUUCAAUGAUUGCUGAUUGUAUUGAUACAUAGUGUCCAGAAGUUGUAGCUUGGAUGGCUGUUCCAAUUUAGAUGUCCACCUGUGUGUGUGUGUGUGUGUGUGUGUGUGUGUGUGUGUGUGUGUGUGUGUGUGUGUGUGUGUGUGUGUGUGUGUGUGUGUGCGUGUGCGUGUGUGUGCCUGUGUGUGGGUGUGUGAGAGAGAGAGGAAGAGAUAGAGAGAGAGACAUAGAUGCUGUGGGUGAGAGAGAGUGUGUUUGUAUUGGUCACACCUGUGACAGUCAUGACAAAGACACUGUGUGUGUGUGUCUAGUAUUGAUAUUGUCAUUUUCUUUUAUGAAGGAUUCAAAUAGUUUUUGGGUGACGCCCUUGGGACCGGACAGGCAGUGGCUCUUCGUGAUUUAACCUCUCUUUUCUGAGGUCACGUGAAAUCGUGUGUGAGUGUGGGACAGGUUGCGGGGGAAUGCAUGAAGUUUCUCCCCAACACUGCUCAUCGUGUUACUCUAGUCAAUAGGGUUGAUUGUGCGAUAAAACCAAUAUAUAAAUAUAUAUAUAAACUGUAAAAAGUUGAAACGAUGUACAAAAAAAGGGAACGAAAAAGAUCUUAUUUUUUUGAAGUAUUAGGAAACCUUAAGCAGUUGGUGCUCCAGUUAUUUUUUGUUUUGCGUUUCGUGAUUUCUUUUAUUUUUCACUCUUUUCCUCUCAGCACUGCUGAGAUGAGGGUGACAGCACCCGACCCAAAGCUCUCAAAGUUCUCAGAGCUUUGACUUCUUUUGCCCCUUUAUAAAGAGGCCCCCUGGGGUAACAUUCACACUGAUUUGCCCCCCGUCUCCUUCGAACUCCCCUUUUUUACAGUUCACAUAGAUGAUUAAUGACGCCUUUUCAAAAAAACACAUCUCUCCAGCGUCAGAGGGGAGACAGCGAGACUGCCUAGAUUACACGUUUCAAGUAUCGUCAACCAUGACAACUACUUGUUAUUCCGAAACUUUGCGAGGAGAAAAGAAAAAGAACUCAAUUGUUUCAGUCUCUUUUUAAUUGUCUGUAGCUUGUGUGCAGCUAACGCGCUCUCAAGGGAUAUACGUAGAUGACAGACAAAACAUCAAGGCUUGUAUGCCAGUAAAAGACAGCGCGAGUUCCCUAUUGUGUGAUUGUCACAAGGCCAACCCAUCGAUAUAGAAGCCAGUCAAUCAAAAGUAGUUUAAUCUCUCCGUGAAGAGCGCUUCAAACAGACUGGGCAACAGGUGCAAAUUAGCUCCAUUGUACGCUGUAAUGAUUAGAUAUGCAAAGUUCCGCCUUUAUCUUUUCGAAGGGAAAGAAAAUCUCAAUUGCUGUUACGUCUCCUACUCGCUCGCUACAGUGCAGCUCGGCAGCAUGCCUGUCCUCUGAGCCAUUGCCCUAGCACAUGUGCUACAAUAACGCCAUGAGACUGCAAGAUCUCAAAAAGGAGAUUUUAUUCCAUACGCCUCUGCGGUGAUGGUGGCCUUGGGAAACAAGCAUGAAUGGUGCACAGUAUGGUGCAGUCAAGAAAAAGAGAUAGCGAGAGAGAGAGAGUCAAUAUCUCUCCUAGGACAGUGCAGUGCCUCGUUCUCCGUCAGAAAAAAAACGUCACAUCUGCUGCUUGAAUGAGACAGUCAGUCAGUCCUUUCUGAUAUGAGUCACCGCCGAGAGACAGCUGAGCGGUGUGAAGGAGAGUAGGCUUCAGCCCAGCAGCAGUCAAAGACUGGCAGAUGGGUCCAAACAUUAGCUUCCUACUACUCCAUCCUGUCCCUCCAGGUGUUGCCACACACUCUCAUAACAGAGGCACCUGGUUUUGGGAGGAAGGUAACAGUAUGCCUUACCGACUCUUGAGGCAGGGCUAACACAUGGGUUCUUCAACCUAUUCCAUGUCCAGUGUGUGUCCUGGUUGGCAGGCUUCACAACCCAGCCAAUCAGGAGAGACCAAUCCCAUGUGCCAGAACAUCUAGUAUAUGCAUGGGCACAGCAUUUCCUCCGUGUGCGCAGUAACAUGCGAGGAAUACAUCCAUUUUUUCAAGCAGAAUGAUGGAAGUAUUAGGUGUGCGCACGAGACAUGUAAACUCUUAAUUCAUUCUGAAUGUGGCCGUGUUCUGGGAAUAUUCUGCUUGCAGAACGCUGUUCCACAUAUGUGAAUGGAAUAUUCUGGAACAUGUUGUAAACCAAAUACUGACAAUAUUCUGUUUGAAAUCAGAACGUGCGUGUAACUCCGUUCAGUGCCGCCAAAUGAACAGGUCCCUUUAGUCAACCAUUGAUAGCAUCCUCCGUCCUUCAGACAGCCAUUGGCUUUUUUGCCCUGCCCACACAUUUCACGUGGGCGAUACUUGCCAUAGUGUGGACCUUAGUGGAGCCAUCCAGAUGUGUGUCCUUCAAGACACACACUCACAAAUCCCUCAAUAGCACCCUCUGUACACCACUAGAAUCCACCGUCCUUAACCUUGUGCAUCACAGCAAAUGCCUUCGCGUUAGUCAAAGAGUCGUACAGUAGGAAGCAGCUAGUCCGAGACGAGCUUUGUGUGUCAGUGCGUAUUGGUUUAGUGCAGUGUUCAGUUGCUGUGCAGCUACAGUAGGCCCACAGAGAUACCUCUGCUCUCUGUACACUACAGGGGGUGGGUGGUGGCUUCUAUCGCCGUGUUUCAAGUCUCCUUCAUCUCCUCCGCGCUUCCUCCUUGCUUCGGCAGUGAGAACACUUAAGCUGGACUAAAACUGCAAGACUAAAAUCGAAACCGCAGACGUUGAGUUGUGUUUGCAUGCUUACGAUUGGAAACAAUACUGUCAGUUCUGAUUUUCUGUAUGUGUGCGGAACAACUCGACGUCAAAAUCGGAUAUGAUUUUACAUGUAGAUUGAGUCUAGCUUGACAAUUCAACUGCCAUAGCGUUUUAAGUGGCGUGUAAGUGACUCUAAAGCACUAUGUCGGUUGGUCCAUUGGAAACACGGUUUGCUUUUAGGAGUGUUUUGCGCUUGACAUACGUAGGUCUUUUGGCCUUGUCUGUUUUUCAUUUGUUUAUCUCGUAGUGUCACAAUCACAGUUUAAUUAAUACAUGUAACUGAUGUAUAUAAACUCUUCUUCUCUUUAUCACUGUUUUGUUAUUAUUAUAUUUUUUGACACCACACACGUUUUUUUAUCGUAUUGUAUGAACUUAGCUGUUUUUGUAUAUUCUAUUAUCUUUCUUUUUAUAUUAUGUAUUACAUUUUACUUUGCUUUUUUGUUAUCAUUGCGGUGUCAUAUUCUGUUUUCGGUCAAUUACAAACUUCGACACACCCAGAAAAGCCAUUUGAGUUUCUAUAGAAAACUCCAAGGAAUUCUAAGCCUACGGCCAUUCUACAUAUUCAAAGUACUGUCUAUGGUUAACAAUACACUGUUGUAAAAAAACUAUGCUAUUUUGUUCCCAUCAUUUUGUGUUAAAAACUCAAAACUGUUCAACAACCCUUAUUCCCAGAGUGCGCGCAAACACACGCGCUCGCACACGAGCACACACACAUGCACACACACACACACACACACACACA